CGUAGACGAGUUGUGUUCUAGUCUGCGGGGAGGUAGACGGCUUUGUCGCAGACUACAAACCUCUGUGGGUCUCAGCCGCCAGAGAUCCUGUCCAGGCCCACUAGCAGAAGGUCAUGAGUGGCUGUCGAGUGUUUAUCGGGAGACUAAAUCCAGCGGUGAGGGAGAAAGACGUCGAAAGAUUCUUCAAGGGAUAUGGGCGGAUCAGGGAUAUUGAUCUGAAAAGAGGGUUUGGUUUUGUGGAAUUUGAGGAUCCCAGGGAUGCGGAUGAUGUGGUGUAUGAACUUGAUGGAAAAGAACUUUGUAGUGAAAGGGUUACUAUUGAACAUGCUAGGGCUCAGUCCCGAGGAGGAAGAGGUAGAGGACGCUACUCUGAUCGUUUUAGUAGUCGCAGACCUCGAAAUGAUAGACGAAAUGCUCCACCUGUAAGAACAGAAAAUCGACUUAUAGUUGAGAAUUUAUCCUCCAGAGUCAGCUGGCAGGAUCUCAAAGAUUUCAUGAGACAAGCUGGGGAAGUAACCUUUGCGGAUGCACAUCGACCUAAGUUAAAUGAAGGGGUGGUUGAGUUUGCCUCUUAUGGUGAUUUAAAGAAUGCUAUUGAAAAACUUUCUGGAAAGGAAAAAAAUGGGAGAAAAAUCAAAUUAAUUGAAGGCAGCAAAAGGCACAGUAGGUCAAGAAGCAGGUCUCGAUCACGGACCAGGAGUUCCUCUAGGUCUCGUAGCCGGUCUCGUUCCCAUAGUCGGAAGUCUUACAGCCGGUCAAGGAGGUGGAGCCGGAGCAAGUCCCGUUCUGUUAGUAGGUCUCGGGCCGAGAAGAGCAAGAAACGUGGUUCUUCAAGUAGAUCUAAGUCUCCAGCGUCUGCAGAUCGCCAGAGGUCCAGGUCAAAGUCCAGGUCCAGGUCCAGGUCCAGGUCCAGGUCCAGAUCCAGAUCAGUUGACAGUAGCAAUUAAACUGUAAAUAACUUGCCCUAGGGGCCUUUUUAAAAAAACAAAUUCCCAAACC